AUGAAACAUAUUUUAAUCCUAAAACACUAGAAUGUUUAUUUACACGAAUUGGCGAAUAAAUGGAAAGGAAGAGAAUUCAGGAAAAGUUAAAACAUUAAGGAAUCUCAAACAAGGAGAAAUUUAACUUUAUGUUACAAUUAUUUGAAGUGGGUUCUCCGCAAAAAAGAGAGAUAGAGUUCGAUUAAAAUGGAGAAAGCUAAGAAUGAGGAAGUGAAUUUCAUAAAGGAGUAAAGGAAGACCAAAAGAAAGGUUGAAAACAUGUAAGAUGGAUAUAGUUUGUCAAAAUUGACCAAAUUUCCAAAUAUAAUUUUCAUGCUCCAACAAGUCGCAUAAGAUAAUUGUAUUAUCAUAUGGUAUAACUAAUGGAUGAUGUACGAUAGAAUUAAAUGAGCAAUAUUAAUAAUAAAUCAUAGGUUAACCUUUCAAUUAGGUUGCCAUAAAUUUAAAAUAUAUGAAACAACAACGAUAUUAAUUGGAUUCCAAUCUCCAAAAGAAUAAUUUGCUAUAAAAAUUUGUGCCUAGUCGAGAAUCAUCAGCUAAGAAACUAAGCAAUUCAGAAGUGAAUACAGCAAUUCAGAAAUACUUUUAGUUACUCAAAAAGAAGGAAGGAAAGAAUGUGAGUUCAAUAAUUUCUCCGACUUAAUCAUCCAAGAUUCUAAGCCAACUGGUGACUAAAGUUUCACCUUCUUUAGAUAUCAAUGUUCCUAUUAAACCAUCUACACCUACAGGAACUUAAUCAUAUAGACCAUAAACUGAAAAGAAACCUCAUCAUCGUCCUCAGUAAUCAGUGGGUCAAAGCAAGGAUUUGAUUUUACAAAAGCUUCAAACAGCAUUAUUUCAAAAGCCUAAGACCUAAUCUCAAUAGGUGACACCUAAAAGUACUGGGAAGGGGAGUUUGAGUGUAAACAAGUAUUUUGAGAGCACUUAAAGAUUAUAAGGCUAAUCUCAAGAAUACUAUUUAACAAGAGUUAAGAAUGCAUUCUCAAAGCCAUUAAUGGAUGAUUACUUCAGUCGAAUGUAUAGGGAACACUUUUUUUAGACUUAUCAAGGAAUCUAUGUUGCAUCAUACUUACAUCCAGUUGAUCCAAAUGAUUUACAGAAUAAGCAAGUAUGUUUGAAAUAGAAGGACUGCUACAAAAGUAAUCAUAUGAUCUCUAAAGUAUUAUUAGAUAAGAUUACAAUCGUAUUUGAUCUUGAUGAGACAUUGGUUCAUUGUAAUGAGAGUUUAGCGAUACCAAGUGAUAUCAUAUUGUCGAUUCAAGUGUCUCCUUAAGAAACUAUUAAGGCAGGCAUAAAUAUUAGACCUGGAGCUAUAAAGUUAUUAGAAUUGCUUGUGAAUGAUUUCGAAUUGAUAGUCUUUACAGCUUCCCAUCCUUGCUAUGCUUAGAAAGUGAUCGAACAUCUAGAUCCCUAAAAGUCACUCUUUUCUCAUAGUAUAUACAGAGAUAAUUGUAUAAUGACUACUGGAGGCAUGUAUACAAAGGAUCUUAGAAUUUUCGAUAGACCACUUAGUCAAUUAGUUUUGGUCGAUAAUGCUUCUUAUUCCUACUCUUGGUAAUUGGAGAAUGGGAUACCUAUCAUUCCAUUUUAUGAUAACAAGGAGGAUCGAGAAUUAGAGUCUUUACUCAAAUACCUGAAAGGCAUGUAAGGAUGUAAAGAUGUAAGGGAAUACAACAAGUAAGAUAUCAUAAAAUAUUUUAGAAAUCAUUUGAGAUUGCAACACUUUUAAGAUCCUUUAGGGCCUGGAGUGGUAUUUGAGAAACUGUUUCAAUAGAAGAUGUAAAUCUGAUGAUAUUUUAUUAAAUGAAAAAAUGCUCAUGGUAGUUGAGUAUUCUCAAUUUCAUUGUUUAUUCACAAGUGCAAAUUACUUUGAAACGAUUGUAUAAAAUAUAAAAAUGGAUCCUUAAUUAAGUCACUACACUUAAUUCUUCAUUGUAGUUACUAAUCUCUGUAAGACUAAUCAAAUCAGUCCUGAACAGAAGUCCCUCCUGAAAAGUAAUCUCACUCGUAAGGAGGAGAAAAUCUGUCGAGUGCUUAUAUAAAAUAGUGGUCCUGGGAAGUAUGAGUUGAAUAUCAUGUUUGUAGAGAAAUGCUAUUACGAGAAGCCUUGCUUGAUUACUUAUCAGCCUAAAACAAAUAAAUAUAGAGAAGAAGAUCACAUAAAUCAAAGACAGUUCAUUUUAUGAAAGACGUAGCAGAAUAAGAGAAACAACCGGAAGUUAUGCCUUAAUAAGAAUCAUCAGCCUAACCUUUAGCAAGUGCAGCAUCCGUAAUGAUUGAACAAUUAACUGGAGUGUUACAUAAACAUAUUGAUAAACAUAGCUUACUUGUACCUGAGGAUAAAGAAAAGCUUAUAUAACUGUGCAGCUUAAUUUCAAAGCUCACUUCUGAGUAGGUUGAUUUAGAUGGAGUAAGUCCAUUUAGAGCCAGAUAUUCAUCGGAAAAUAGCAAAUUAGCUGAAAUAAGUGAGAAGGAUUUAGAUUCUAGUGAUGAAGAUGUUUAUGAGAAGAUGACUAAGGGAAUAGAUGACAUCUAUAAAGAAUUAAAGAGUAUUUUCACUGGUAAUUUGCAUACUCAUUUACUUCUUAUGUAAGAGGACAUUUCUUAUGAGAAUUUAUAUUAAGUCCUUAAAUUUUUACUUAAAAUCCUCGUUGAUGCAGAUGAAUUCACUUUUUUUAUUCAUCGAGAUAAAGAAUGGGAAGUUUAUUCCUCCUCUAAUGAUUCAAUAAAAGAUGUGACUCCUGAAGAAGCUUAACGUGUUACUGAUGAAUUGGCAUACAUUCGUCCAUUCUGCAUUCAUAGAAUAGAUCCAAAAUAAAGAUAAUAUCCUCAAAUUGAAGACACUUGUAAAACCAACUCUUAUGCAUAAACUUCUAUUGUGAAGUUUUAGUUACAAUUAAAGAAUUAUGAAGUUCUUUUUUGUCUUCAUUGGACUGAUAAAGACAAGAAGAAUAUCAAAAGAAAGUUUAUCAAGUAUUUUUGUACAUUAAUAUUUAAGUUAUGCUAAUAUGUAUGGAUUUAAUAAAGAUGUGACUCAUCUAGCAUAAUUUUUGGUUGAAACUAUCAUUACAGCUAAAGUUUAAUUCUUUAAUCCACUUAGAUUUGCUGAUUAGGUGUAAGAUAUAGGAAUUAGUUUUAUGCGCAUCUCAAGGUUUUUGUUGGUAGAAGGAAUCAAGAAAAUUCUUAGCAUUAAAUUUGAAGUUGAGAAGGAAUAAACUUUUUCUACUGAUGAGAAUAUCAAAAAGUUUAAAGAAUCCUAAUGUGUAAAAAUUGAACUCAAAGAUUCUAAUCCCGUCACUUUAAGAAUCAAAGAUAUGGAUUUAAAAAAUGAUUAAGAUCAACACUUGUAUUAAGUGGUAAUAAACAAAUCUUACUUCAUAGAUCAUUUAAACAUAAGAAAAAUACGAUGGUUAUGUAAAGUUGUGCUAUGAAAAGUCUGCGUUUUACAAAUAUUUCUUAAGGACAACUGAUUCUUUACUAUUUGAUUUUAAUAAACAAGGAGAAUUGAUUUUUUUGAGCAGACCAAUCUCUAAAUCAUUAAAGUAUUAGUUUGUAUUUAAUUUUAUAGAGAAAGAUUCAGUAUUAACUUUGAUCCUAAAGCUAUUCUUUACAAUAAGAUUUCUUAUUAGGACAUCUUUGCUUAGAAUAGUAUCAUUUCUAAUAUAGAGGUUAACAUUCAAAACAUACAUGAAAAUAGAAGAAAUCAGUAUUUAAGUAAUUUGGAGAACCCUUAGUUUGAAAUAUUCUUAAAAGUUGUUGAUAAUGACUUUAAAGGAUUUACAGUAAUUUUUCAUGAGAAUGAAGCUAGAAGAUUAAAAUAGUAUUUUAUGGCUUUGAAAAUUGACAAUAUGACAAAUGAUGUCUAAAAAGAAGCUGAGGCUAAUAAAUCUUUAGAGGAGGAUAUUUAAAAACAAAUUUUAAUUCAAUAUAAUAAACAUUAGACAUUUAAAUUUUUAAAUUAAUUGGAUGAAACUUAAGAUGUAGCAAAUUCAAUGAUUGCACUUUUUAUUCCUGAAAAUGAAUUACAAUAGAUAAGACAUCGUAAAUCAGAUGUUCGUAGUCCAGAAUAAUAAAGCAAAGAUUUAUAGAGUGAUUAAUGGGUUCCUCCAUAAAAGAAGAAGAAGAUAGGAUCUAGUGUUUAUAUUAAGUAUUAACAAUAAUUAGAGCCAGUUGAUGCUAAUCAAUUUAAAGUAAAUGAUAGUGAUUCUUAAUUGGAUUUAUUUGAAUUUAACAUUUUAGUUUUGGAUUCAUCAUAGGAGAAACAUAGAUUAGUGUUUAGUAUAUUGGAGAAGAAUGGAUUUAUUUCUUAAUACAAUUUAAAUAAAUAAUGUUUGGUUUAAUUCUUGAGUGUUUUAUAGAAAAAAUACAACAAAAGAAAUAAUUCAUUUCACAAUUAUGAUCAUGGAAUUGCUGUGAUGUAGAGUUCUCACUUUAUGUUAUAAUGUGGAAAAGCCAAACAAUUCAUUGAUGACUUUAGAAGAAUGUCUACUAUAAUAUCAGGUUUAUGUCAUGAUGUAUCUCAUACUGGACGUACUAAUAUUUUUAUGAUCAACAGUCAAUCUAAAUUAGCUACACGUUAUCAUGAUUCUAGUGUAAUUAAUUAUUUAAAUUAUUAAAGCCUCUAGAAUAACAUCAUGCAGCUACUACUAUUUUUAUGUUGAAAGAUCCUUCACUUAAUUUUUUGAAUUCUUUAACAAAGGAGUAAAGUUAACAAUUCAGACGAGUUCUAAUAGAUAAUAUUUUAUAUACUGAUAUCAAGGUCCAUUUCACAUUAUUAAAAGAUUUUGAAAGUAGAAUUAAGGAUGAAGUAACUAAACCAUUUGGUACUGGAGAUGAUGAUUUAAAAUUAUUAACUGGAAUGAUUAUUCAUACAGCAGAUUUUAAUGGGGGAGCUAAAGUAUUUGAAAUAUCAAGGAUUUGGUCAGAGAGAGUUAAUAAAGAAUUUAGUGCUUAAUAUGAUGAAGAGGGAAGAUUGGGAAUUCCUUAAACACCAUUUUUAAAAGAUUUGGAUAAAUUACAUAUAAUGGCUAAAUCUGAAAUGGGAUUCUUUAAAGUUAUAGUUAGACCAUUAUGGUUUACAUUGAAUACUUUCCUUGUAUUUAAUUAUUUCACUAUUUUAGGAUGGCUAUCUUUAGCAAAGUAUAACAAAUCUUGAUAAUACCAUUAUUAGUUGGGAAAAAAUCUAUCAUGCUAAUCUUCCUAAAGAAGAAAGAUAAUAAUAAUAAUUAUGAAUGAAUGAAUGAAU